CAAAAACAAAUUUUAGAAAAUCCUAAUUUAGGAUUACUCUUAAAUUCCAGGAAAAUCGAGGGAUCUGAUUGCGUGUUACCAUUUCGCCUUGGUUUUUACAGCUCGCCAGCAUGUGUGGAAAGUAUGAGUGACGCUGGCGAAGGGAGCGCCAGUACCGAACGUGUGGAGAUGCUGAAACGACCGCGAUUGCUCUCGUACCAGGGGUGCUCCCAAUCGCACUCCGCGGAACGGGAUGUCGGAUUACCGAUGGCAGGGGCAUCCUCCAGCUCGCUGGAACAGCUGGACCGCCGUGAGCAGGCCGCGGAUGAUCUGCGCAGCUGGCAAGAAAGCCAAAUCGCCCAGUGCGUCGGCGAUAACAUCCUAAACACGGUGCUGGAGCAGUACGUGAAUUUCUACGAACAACGCAAUAACCGGAACGGAGGAACGGAACAGCAGCACGAGCAGCAGCAACAGCCACCACAACCGAACGAUGACGAGGUGCUCGAGGAUGAGGCCAUCCGGAUGGCCAUCAACGAACGGGGUCUACAACGGGCGGGAACGAGCAGCGGAACGACGGCCACCGUUGCUGCACUGGCGGAAGUUGCUGGUGGCGAACAACCGGGACCCAGCUGGGCUGGGCUGGGACGCACACUGCAGGACAACUUCAUUCUCGAUACGGCCGUGGCCGCAGCAAUACAGGAGAAGGGACUGGUAGCGGGAACCAGUGCUGAUGCCGAACCCACCGAUAGCGACGACAGCAGUAUGCUACAGGAGGAUGAUACUAGGUAGUGGGUGCUGCCUUGGACUCCUGUUGUCCCAGUUCCCGUCCUGCAAUAUUAUUAUUAUUAUUAUUAUUAUUAUUAUUAUUAUUAUUAUUAUUAUUAUUAUUAUUUAAUGCGUGUGAGUUCUCACAAUCCCCGCUACUACGAAUAAUCGUUUGUAUAUCUAAUGUUAGAAAUUGCGAAUAAAAAUAAAAGUAAUUGUGGGCCGAUUGA